AUGUACUCCCCCGAGGUCGGCAACAGGAUCGAUGAGCUAGAUACGCCAUCCAUGAUCGUGGAUCUCGAUCUUGUCGAGGCCAACAUAAAAAAGCUGAUGGACAAGCUCUUACCUACUGAACUCGAUAUCCGCCCUCAUCUCAAAACAACCAAGAGCGCGAUCCUCGCGCGAAAGAUGGCCACUGCGGGCGCAAAGGGAGGCUGCGUAGCCAAAGUAAGCGAGGCAGAAGUGAUUGCCGCUGCUGGAUUUGACGACUUGCUCAUUACGUGCGAGAUCAUCGGCGAAGCCAAAGUCAAGAGACUGGUGGAAUUGUUUCGCAAACAUCGAAAGAUUAGGAUCGUGGUGGACAGCGAAGUCGGUGCAACUGCCAUCAACGAGGCGUUGGAGAACGCGGGCAUCAAAGACCCGAUCAUGGUGUUGAUCGAUCUCGACGUUGGACUUCAUCGGACUGGAGUGCAGCCGGGAGAUUCGGCCGUGGCCCUGGCGCGACAUAUCGACGGACUGAAGCAUCUGAAGCUGAUUGGGGUGCAAGGCUACGAGGGUCAUUUGCAGCAUGUGCAUGAUAGGGAAGACCGGAAAACUCAAUGUCUGCAGUCUAUGAAGAUCCUGACUGGUACUGCGGACACGCUGCGCAACGCAGGCUUUAACAUCGAAGUGGUCACCACCGGUGGAACAGGCACCGCAGAGUUCUGUGCCACCGUGCCCGGCGUGACAGAGCUCCAACCUGGGUCUUUCAUCUUCAUGGAUACGGACUACCAACGGGCUGUGGGUUCAUUUUAUUCGUACAGUCUCACUAUCUUGUCAACGGUGCUCAGCAAACAAGGUCCCCGAUCGGUGACGAUUGAUAGCGGUUUGAAGUCGUUGACAACAGACAGUGGGUUAGCGGAGUGCAAGGACUCCAGAUAUAGUUAUGGAGUUCUUGGUGACGAGCAUGGCUCGCUCAGCUGGGAAGAUGGUACACCGCCGCUUUCAGUGGGUGAUCGUGUUGAGAUGGUUCCGAGUCAUAUCGACCCCACGGUGAAUCUGCAUGACUUCUAUUACGCUCAUCGGGGAGGUGUCAUCGAGGAAAUUUGGCCCGUCGAUUCGAGAGGGAAGGUCCAAUAG